GAGAGCAACGUCAACGCCUCCAUUGGAGAGAAAAGUCGACUAGUUUCAUUUCACUUCUGUAAAUUCAUAAUGUCGAUGGUGAAUACACGUGUUGAGGCUCCGGACCUUUUGGCGUUGAAAAACAUGCUGCGACAAUCAGAUGGUACUCGAAUGCUACAAGAAAUGAGAAGAAAGUUGAUUCAACUGCACUCUUCGCAGAUGAUCAACGAAACAGAAGAGACAUGUGAUCGAUAUAUAGACAAGCAUCCAGAUAUGACAAAUGAACCAACAGUCCUUGUCACAUUCUCCCUGCUUUAUCUUCAUAUUUUUCUUCUUGGAAUCCUAGGAAAUUCGGCUGUUCUAUAUCUUACAAUGAAACAUCGUCAAUUACAAACUGUUCAAAAUAUAUUUAUUUUGAACUUAUGCGCAUCGAAUGUUUUAAUGUGCUUGACGAGUCUUCCAAUCACAUUUAUCACAAAUGUCUACAAACAAUGGUUCUUCUCAUCGCCUGUUUGUAAACUUAUUCCAUUGGUUCAGGGAGCUUCAAUCUUUGUCUCCACUUUCUCCCUUUCCGCCAUUGCACUUGACCGAUACAACCUCGUGGUUCGUCCUCAUAAACAAAAACUCAGUUCACGAAGUGCAAUGAUGAUUGCUCUUCUCAUUUGGGUUAUUAGUGUAGUUGUUUGUAUGCCAUAUGGAUGGUACAUGGAUGUGGAGAAGCUCAAUGGAUUAUGUGGAGAGUACUGUUCUGAGCACUGGCCAUUAGCAGAAGUACGAAAGGGAUAUACUUUUUUGGUGUUAAUCACUCAAUUUUUGUUUCCUUUUGCUACGAUGGCUUUUUGCUAUUAUAAUAUUUUUUCAAGACUCAGACAACGAGUGGAAACGAAACUGAAGAAAUUAUCAGAAAGAUCUCAACUUUUGGAGAAUAGUACAACAUGUGGAACCACUAACCACAUUGUUAGCAUUAACGCGGAAGCAGUUCAAAAUGGUCUGGAAAACAAACAAAGAUUAGCUGUUCUUGCUCAACAAAGAAGGACAACUACUAUUUUAUCGUGCAUGGUUCUUCUUUUUGCAUUUACAUGGCUUCCACAUAAUGUUGUCACUUUGAUGAUAGAAUACGAUGGAUUCUUUUUUCAUUCUGAUGAGACAUCGGCAACCAGUACCGAUCAUACAUAUAUUGUUUCAAUGACUGCUCAUUUAAUAUCCAUGUUAACAAAUGUAACCAACCCAUUUCUGUAUGCUUGGCUUAACCCAAUGUUCAAAGAAAUGCUUAUUAAAACUCUCAGAGGUGGAAGUAAAUCCCCGAAACCAGCUGACAUCAAGCAAACUUCAUUCAUUCGAAUGCCGAAUAGUGGUGCGCCAAGUCAAUCUUCCUACCUGUGAUUUUGUUUCAAAUUAUACCGUUUUUCAUUGCAUUUUUCAAAAGAAUUGCUUUCAACAUCACGUGUUUUAUUUGAUUUAUACUUAUUUUGUUUGCCAAUGAUUUUCUAUGUAUUUUUAAUAGUCAAUUUUUGAACCUUGUAGGUUUUAUUAGACGGAAGAUCUGGUUUCUCACGGUUUUCAUAACGUUUUCUGUGUAUUUAUGAUCAAAUUUGAAAUGAACUUUUUUGCUUUUU